AUGGAGGCUCAAGACGACUGCAAGUGGCGCCAGAUCCCGGCGUUCGGCGACUGGAACCUGUGGGACGACAUGCCCGUCACCCAGUACUUCCAGGCAGGGACCUUCUUCUUCGCCGCGCCGGCGGAGAAGGACGACGAGGAUCUCUUCAAGGUGCCCCAGUUCCCUGCCAAGCCCUACAGCUACAAGAAGUGCGUUGUUCGAGUGAAGGGGGAGAAAGAAAACGCUGUGUCGGCGAGGAAGGGAGGCAGGAGGCGCUACGUGAACGAGCAGCAGAAGUGGAAGCCCAAGGGAUCUGUGGACGAGGACCUGUACAAGAUUUCCCCGCAGCUUCUGUGCAAGGUGAAGAAGAAGAAGCUGCUGAGGAAUUUGCUGGGAGGGUGCCUGGGCCUGAGCUGCAUCGCCUGA